CAAUUCGCUGCACCCACCGCCUUCUCACGCCCACCACUUGCCUCUGCCCAACCGCCCCCUGUUCCCCACCCUCCGCCGCCGCCCACGCUCUACCGCAAUGGCCCCCAAGUCCAAGCCCGCCGCGACGAACGGCGCCGCCAAAAAGCCCAAGUCCGCGACGCCCUCAGGCACCGCCAGCCCCGCGACCACCACCGUCGAGGUCCCGAAGGAGGAGGCCGUGUAUGGCUCCGGGAAGCCUGAUAAAGCGCUCUACGACGCGGAACAGAACAAAAUCAAGGCCGAGAUCGACGCCCUCCAGGUUAAGCUGACCGCAGUGAAGGACAAGAUCUCCCUCACGUCCAAGUCUGGCCCUGGUGGUGAGAAGCGGAACGCACUCAAAGCUGAGCUCGACGGCAUUCGUGGCCAGCAGUCAACGAACAAGCUCUCGCGGGGCAAGGUCUUCGACCAGCUCAAGGCUCUUCAGGAUGGUGUUCAGAAGAAGAUUAAGGACCUCAAUGCGGCUAGGGCUAAGAUUCCGUACAAGACCGUUGCCGAAGUUGACGACCGGAUCAGGCAACUGGAGCGGUCCGUCGAGUCCGGUAACCUGAAGCUCGUCGAAGAGAAGCGUGCGCUCCAGGAAAUCAGCCAGUGGAAGCGUAGUCGGCGGAUAGUCGAGGGCUUCCAGACCGAGCAGGAGACCAUCGAGGCCGACCGCGCCAAGGCAGACGAGCUCCGCAAGCAGCUCGACGACCCCGAAGCGAAGGCGAUCUCGGAGAGGUACGACACGAUCCGCGCGGAGCUCGACGAGCUCAAGAAGGAGAGCGACGACGCGUACGCGAGCCGCAGCAAGCUGCUCGACGAGCGCACCGCGCUGCAGGGCCAGCUCGACGACCUGUACAACCGCAAGCGCGAGUCUGCGCAGCGCUACAAGGAUGCGAAUGACCGCUUCUACACGAAGCUCAAUGAGGACCGUGCGCGGCGCGCAGAGCGGGCACGUGCCGAGCGUGCAGCCCACGAGGAGGAGAAGAAGAAGGAGAUCGUGGAGCGUCUGCGCGAGGAGGCAGAGGUCCCCGCGUUCCAGGCGCAGAUCGAGGACUGCCAAACGCUCAUCGACUCCUUCUCUGGAAAGUCCUCCGGCUCGCUCUCCUCCCAGAAGCCGCUUCACGAGCGUGCGGACGUCGCCGGCGUGCCCAAGCUCGAGCUGCGCAAGGUUGAGGCAGCACUAGAGGGCGUCGUCGUUCGCAAGAAGAAGGGUGAGGACGACGACUCGUACUUCGUCGGCGGCGGUGGCAAGAAGAAGGGUGGAAAGAAGGGUGGCGCGAAGGUCCCCGCGCCAGCAGCGGAAAGCAACGGCGCAGAGCCCGCCGCCGCCACGCCCGGCGGACAAUUGCACGUCCCCCUCCCCACGCUCACCGCCCUCCUCACGCUCUCAAUACCCCCACCCACUUCGACCACCGACGUUCCCCGAGUCAUCGAGGACCUCAAGACGAAGAAGGCGUGGUUCGAGGCCAACCAGGCUCGUGUCACCGCGGAGAACAAGGCGAAAGCGGAGGCCGAGAUCCGCAAGCUCGUCGGCAAGUCCGCGGACAACGACAGCGCCCCCGCUCCCUCAGGCGACCUCGCUCCUCCUAAUGGCGGCGCGGAGCACCCUGCUGAGCCCGCGCCAACCCCUGCCGCCGCAACACUGCCUUCCACUGGCGUCCCCGUGGAGCCUGUUGACCAAAAGCUAGAAAGUGUGCAGGAAGCAGCAGCAGUCGAGGCGUCAUGAUAGGGUCUACGGGCGAUGGGGAUGGGGGUUUGGGGCGAUACUCGUUGGACUACUUAUUCUGUAAUCGUCGUUGCACAUUUAGCGUACAUUCUCCGCUCGCAAUCGCAUCCACUCGCGCU